CAUUUUAUACCAAUCAAAAGAUGACAUAAAUCUGCUUCAUUCUCUUUACUAUAGUUCAGUGGUUUAACUUGAAGUUUACUUCCUUUGUCAUCAUUGUGCAUGAAAGUUAUCUCAAUUGGUGCAACUGCUGCUAGUUGUCUUAAAAUUCCUCAAAGCUGGAGAUGGGCUCAUGUUGCUGCAAAACUCAACCUGAGCCUGGAGGGAUGAGCAGCAACAAUGCCCCCAAUUCUGAUUGGUCGCUGUCCAAUGAAAGCAGUGCUGGAUUGCCUACAGAGCUAUCAACCACCAGCAGAUAUGUUUUAGAGACCCUUCAUGUCAUCCGCUCUCUGGUUGACAAUGACCAAGAGCCUCCUGCAUCAAUGUUGCACCUUCACAACGUUGCUGAUAAGGAGAGCGGGUGGCUGAGUGUUGUUCAGAGUAUGGUGGCCGUGAUCCCCCUUGAUGAUCCUCUAGGCCCUGCCGUCAUCACUUUAUUGCUGGAUGACUGCCCUUUACCAAGCAAGGAAACACUUGGUGAGUUGAGCCAGUUGUUCAGGCUGUGCAGCUGUGAAGCCGCACGCAGCGUUCUGCAGCCUUGCCGGCACCGCAACAUAUGUGUGGUGCUUGGCUGUAUUGCAGAGAAGCUGGCUGGUCCUGCCUCUGUUCCCCUCCUUACUCCACGCACCCUAGACUACCUGGUCACUCUUCUGUCUGUGGACACAAACCCUUGCGUGGUUCUUUUUGCUCUAAUUGCCCUGGAAAAGUUUGCUCAAACGCGUGAGAAUAAAAGCCUCAUCAGUGAACGUCUCAACAGCGAAGUGAAUUUCUGCCCCAUGCAUCCGCAAGUAUCGCCUGAUUCAUGCAAAGAAAGGAUUAUUGAAUCAACAGCAGAGAGACCCAACAUCGAAAGCAGUCGUUGCACACGCAGCGUAACUCGCCGCCUCACACAGCACAAGUUUGCCCAGCGGCUGAAGCGCAAGCACAAGCAGGCAACACUUGCAUCAACGUCAUCACCUGAGAACAAAAAUGGAUUUUCAAGUAAAAUAAAUGCCACAAGCCCGGUCACCGAUACGCGGGUGUGCAGUUCCGAUACGGACUCAGAGGAAGGGCCUGUCCAGAGUGGCGCUCAGCCCAAAAAGAGCAAGACUCUGACUUGCUCUGGAUCAAACAGGGGAAAUCCUCUGCUCAGGCUCGAGCGUUGGAUGCACUCUGAUCUUGGCUUUGUGCACAGACAAGUGGGAUUUUGUGCCCAGUGGUGCCUUGAUAAUCUGUUUAUGCUGGAAGGCCGCCCGUACUCCUACCUCAGCGUGGACCACACCAACCUCAACGCCAUGCUGAACGCCAACGACGUCAGCGAAUACCUCAAGAUCUCGCCUGAUGGACUUCAGGCGCGGUGUGACGCAGCCUCGUUUGAGUCAGUGCGGUGCACGCACCCCGUGUACAGCGGCGCGUGGUACUACGAGGUGACGCUCGUCACGGGCGGCGUCAUGCAGAUUGGCUGGGCCACCAAGGACAGCAAGUUCCUCAACCAGGAAGGUUAUGGCAUCGGUGACGACGAGUUCAGUGUUGCCUAUGACGGAUGCAGGAAGCUGAUAUGGCACCGCGCUGUGUCAGCGUCUCAUUCUCACCGCUGCUGGCGUCCAGGCGAUGUGCUGGGCUCUCUGCUGGACCUCAACCAGCGCCAGCUCAUCUUCUACCUCAACGGCCUGCCGCUCCUCACUCCUAUCACAGAGAUCUUUGCAGCCACGCAACUGUCAGGCUUCUUCGCGGCUGCGAGCUUCAUGUCUUUCCAGCAGUGCGAGUUUAACUUCGGUCGUCGCCCGUUCGCCUUCCCGCCUCCAGGCGUCAACUUCAUGAGUUUUAACGACCACGCUUCGUUGACCGACGUUGAAAGACGCAUACUCCCUAGACACCUGAAAUUGGCGCAGCUGCGGGCCAUCAGUGUGGACGAGGGCGCCUGCUCCAUCUGCUGCGACAAGCUCGCCCAGGUGGUGCUUAGGCCUUGCGGACACAGAGGUUUCUGCGAGGAAUGUUCUUACGUACUGGAACGCUGCCCUCUGUGCCGAGCCAACAUAGAACUCCGAGACCUAAGCAACUCAGCAAGAACUUCUCCCCAAACUGACAGCGAGAUGCCGAGACCGGAAAGUCGUUCAGCCGACACGUCGAGCGUCAAUUGUAGGAGCUCUUCUGGGUCUCUUGACGUCCAGCGUGAUGACAGUGCUACUAGUGCUGCUAGCGAGGGUGACAUUGCUGGUCGUAUUGCCGCCGAGGGUGAUGACCAUGUUAGUAGUGCUGCUGGCAUGCGUGAUGAGGCAAUAGAAGCUCGCGAGGACGCGGUAGGUGACUUUGUAGCGGUACCUCGCGUCGUUCCACUUGUCAGAAGAGGUGAUGGUAACUGUAAUACCCUAGCGGAACCUCUUGAUGUUCUCACAGCGCCUCAAGUUUCCUCUUGCGGUUCUCUGGUCCCCGUCGCAGCCAACGUGUCAGAAAACGAGAAUGGCUCUCACUGCAUUGAGAAAAAUUCUUCGUCAGUAAAUUUGAAGAGUAAAAAAGAUCGUUUGAGACUGCAAGUGAUAGAUCGCCCAAGUAAUGCCAUUGAGAGCAAUUAUGCUGUCAGUAAUUUAUCAAUAGAUAAUGACGAAGCGAUCUGCUCCACUGAAGCUAUUCCGACGAGCCAAUCUCUUCAGUGCUGUAACCAGAAGGCACAGUCGCUGAAUUCUAGCUUACCAAUAAUUCCCUUGACUAAUUCGCCAAAUGGUAUUUAUUCUAGUAUUUUAAGUUCUGUAUCUUUAAGUAUCCAAUGCGAUUGUGAUAAUAGAGAUAUUGAAGGUGGUUCGGUGUGUUUGCAUUGUAGCAUUGUCCGCUGCGAUGAUAAGGCCGUAUUUAAAUGUCAGUCUCCAUUGGAAGAGUUUAAAAUUCGAGAUGAAAAAGAAAACCCGCCUCGAACCACGCAGCUCGCUUUGUGUACUCAAAUUCAUAGUGCGCCUUUUACUGCCCCUGAUGCGGACGAAGCCUGUACAUCUAAGGCCUCAGUUCCGCAAGACCCUUCAAAUGUGAGACAAAAUCAAAGUUCGGUCUCCCACACUACCCUCACUCUAAAUACCGACAGCUUUCGUGAGCACGGUAUUGCACCUGAAGCUCAGUUGGCUGGGGCAAAUAUCUUAGGUGUGACUAGCAUCUCAUGCGCAGCCCUCCCAUCAGAUAUUGCUUGCGACGCUACAGCGCAGAAUAACUUUACCUGCAAUACGAGAGCUAAUAUCAACUGCAAUGGUGACUUUUGCUCCACUAACAAUGUGGCGCUUGCUUCUCAUCCUCCCACUAAUUCUGUAACCUGUCUCCCGUCUACUCCUGGGGCGUCAUCGAGUAGAAUUGUCCCUUGUACGCCUAGCGGGCCCCAAGAUGCUUCCAAACACAGUUGACGGUUUCGUUUUCCCCUCUUCCCCAAAUUUACUUCCGUUUCAUCCUCUAGAUGUAUUCGUAUUCAACCUAAUUAACUAUUCAGAAAUUUGUAAGCGUUAUUGUUUUUAUAUUUCAAAUUAUGUUUAUUUAUGAUUUAUUCAUGUAGGUAUUAAUGUUGUUGGAAGGUGUUUUGUUUCGUUACUCGGCUAGAAAUAUGCUACGUUUUAUUUUAGCUUCUUUAGAAUGUUUGAUGUCUUCUAUACUCAUCUGGAACAGAAGUGUUCGAAAUCAUCAACGAUCAUGAAUAACUUGGCACCAAGUACCCAUAGAGUGCCAAACUGUUUUUAAAUGGGAUUCUUCUAACUUGUAACCGUAUCAAGAUUUUCGGGUUUGUAAAGCAUUUUGUCUUUCUGUUUCGUCUUUUCUGUCGCUUCUUACGAGAUUCGGCCAGUGCUACUUCCGCCGUACCAACGUUGCUUGGGGACGAAUAUAGACCAGCUCCUUAAUUAACAGAUUGUUGUUGCUUUUUCUCGGGGCCCCGUCAUGGUACAAGAUCGAGUAACGCAUAAAAGCCACCACCCACGUAUACUCAGAUCACGAGUGUAGCUUGGAUGAAGAGUCAACAUGUCUUGGCUGUAAAGUCCUGUUGGUCGUGUUUUAUGUUUGUAACGAGCAUGGCAGUGCGAUCAAGAAGCGUUGGCUGUUGCGAAUACCAUUUGUAUGGCCAUAAUGGUGAGCACUGCACUGCUGGCUGUUGCGAAUACCAUUUGUAUGGCCAUAAUGGUGAGCACUGCACUGCUGGCUGUUGCGAAUACCAUUUGUAUGGCCAUAAUAGUGAGCACUGCACUGCUUAAGAUGUCUGGGGAGUUGUGCGGCUCCAGAGGGGACGAGAGACCAAGUGACGAGACGAGAGUCGUUGGUUGGAGUAACCUUUAAAAACGCAUACAUCUCCAGGAGCUGGUAAACAUCAGGUUGUUCUCAUCGUUCUUUUUCGUCUUACCAUUUCAUUUUCUGUCGCUGCUCAGAAUCACACCUAACGGCAUCGGACAUGACGACUUGAGUAGCUGAAAUCAAAUUAGCUACUCAAAAGACCACCUUCAGUUUCAGUCCGUAUCAUGUUUAAUUUAUGUAUUUAUUUUUAUUGUUAAGAAGUUUAGUUCCAUUAGUUGAUUAAACGGCAUUAUUUCAGAACAAAUCUGAAGUCCAUUUUUCCGUUUCAGUUUUCUAACUGAUAAAUCUCGGUUUCAUACUUGUGUGAUUUCAUACAUGUGUUGAAAUUUCUAUUCACUCAUCCUACAUGACAUGAAAUUGCCGGCUCCUCUUAUUCCGCUCAUCGGGCCACCGUUCGUUAUUUGCAUGAAGUGAAGUGAGCGCUUACAUUUAACAAUGUAUGGACUCGCUGGUGUAUCUGGUGCUUGAAAACAAUACUCGUAGUGUAUCCCAUUGUAGCGUUGGCUUCUGUGGCUUGCUAACCAAAAGCUACAGCUGAGUUACCAGCCUAUACAAUCUUAGACGUAGAUAUUCUCUUAUCAAUCAUUGCUUACUGAUAUAAUGCACUAUGGCAUUCGUGCUACUCGUUGUUGCUCGUAUUGAAGAUUUCUGACGAUUUUCAUGUUUUUACGCGGAAAUUGAUUUAAUGCAUAUUCAGAGGGCAGUCAUGUCAGGGGUGAUCUAAUUUUUUUCAAGUUCUUUAUUUCAAUGAUUGAAUUGAAAAAUGUUCUUUCUUGCUUGAAUGCUUCAUUUUCAGAGUCCUUUAUAUUUAUCUCCAGUCCUAUAUAUGCCUCCAGGCCUUAUAUUUGUCUCGAGUCCUACACUUGUUCGUUUAAUUCCAUAAGGUCGAUAAUUCACUCAGCUUUCUUACCACGAAAAAAGAAGCUCGUAUGUUCAUCAAAACUUGGGGUCAUACAAUAUGUUUCCGCUUCAAAUACUCUGACAGGAUAAAAUGUGUUUUUACGUGUGCGAUGAUCGAAAUGUAAAUGUUUUAUACAUUUUUAGCGUGAAUUUCAAAAAGCUGGGGUGUUUAUUUAGGUUGGUUUUUCGUUUUUAGUGUCUUCAAUAUCUACUAAAUUAAGAAUUUUAAAAACCAGGAAACGCCACUAAAUUUAUGUAAAUUCACGUAGAAACUUUUCGAAGACCAGCUCCAUUAUUAGUUCCUAACUGCACGAAUACGGGUUAAAUUAACAGAAUGACGAAAUAAUACACGAAUAAAUUAUAUAAUGACGAAAUUAAGAGAUUAAAAAGUAGAUAACCUAUAACGAGUGGAUAAGAUUUUUUCAAAGAUGUGCAUUGAACCAAUCUUGAAGCUAAGUCAAUCUAAACAAAAUUUAUACUUCCUAUUCGCUUGCAAUUAUUUAUUGAUAGAAUUUACAUUACGUGGCUAUAUAGAUUUUAAUCUCUUCCGUGUAAAUUUGGUGUUUUUAUUUAUUAUAAUUAUAUUAUUGAAGUUUCGAGCUACUGAUUGAGUUUGUCUAUGACACGUUUCCAGUGAAGAUACAAUAAAUUUACUUGGCAUUCUGCGUUCAAGUCCUUGUUUAAUUUGUUUAUUAUUACUUGACCAUAAUUUUCGUGUCAAAUGAUAUAUUUGAUUGUGAAUUUCUUGUCUAUACGAGUAUAGAGCGUUACAUCAUUUUCGCCUGAUCUCGUGACUGACUGGGCCCGAAACAUAUUCCGUUAGCCGGUUUUGUGAUAUAUGCCAAAAAGUUACGGUUCAUCGUCUCACUGAGGCAAGAUUUAUUCAUUAAAGAGUAAUGUCUA